AUGGGGAAGCGAAAGCUAAUGCACAAAUUCUGUGUAGUCGGUGGAAAUGCGGUUUCAGCCUUUCUCUCCUGGAGGCUACAGACGACCAAUUCAUGUGAUGUGACCCUGGUAUGGAAAUCUGGCUUCGAGACAGUCGCUCAAUAUGGGGUCUCUUUCCGAUCAAAGGCGUUUGGGAACGAGCGUUUCAAGCCUCGACAUGUCGUGCGGACACCUGAAGAAGCCGCGACACGAGAGGCCGCUUACGACUACGUUGUUCUCUGCGUCAAGGCCCUGCCAGAUAUAUAUGACCUUGGAUCCGUCAUCGAGUCCGUCGUCACCCCUCAACAUACAUGCAUCCUGAUCAACACUACAAAUACUCUGGGUAUAGAAUCACAUUUAGAACAACGCUUCCCAACGAAUGUCAUCUUGUCACUCGUUUCAAACGUCAAUAUCUCACAAACCGGCAUGAGUGACUUUGAGCAUGAAGGAUCAUCGGAAAUGUGGGUUGGUCCCGCCAGCCGGAACCCGUCUAUCCCUGUUGGCAUUCAGAAUGAUAUGGCAUCUGCCCUGGCCAUGACUUUGACCUCGGGUCAGGUGGAUUGUAAAGUCUCGCCAAACAUCAGACAGGAGCAAUUCGACCGGAUGAUUGGGCCCAUCGCGUUUCACCCAGCCAGCGUCCUUUUCAACACCCCUAAUCAUUCUCAACUGUUAGAGAAAGUCGGUGUGCGACAACUUGUAAACGAUGUGAUCGAUGAACUUAUCAAAUUGGCUUCAACACACGACUGCUCAUUCGGCCCCGAUUACCGAAGCAAAGUUGUCGAGAAAAUGAUUGCCUCAUCCGACGCGCAGAGUACCAUGUACCAGGACUUUCUCGCUCGCCGCCCAAUGGAAGUGGAAACCUAUCUUGGAUCCCCCGUACGCCUAGCAAUGGAAAGCAGUGUCAGCCUGCCCCGUAUAGAGACCCUCUACGCCAUGCUACAUCACGCCAAUAUAGUCAACCAGACUAAAUCUCCCAAUUCUGAUCCCCCGCCACCUGUAAUUACCUCUCAACCUCCACCAAGAACAGCUUCUGUUCCUCCGAUCCAGAAACCUAUAAUGAACGGAAUGCGCGGCAGCAGAACAUCGUCCAACAUGAUGCCACCACCCCACCAGAGGAGAGGGCCGCCACCAGGUGGCCCGAUGCUGAGGCCACCAAGCUCACAAGCCGGACCGCCUCGGAUGCCUCGCGACCCGUCGUCUUUCGACGAGACUGGAUUGGAAGAGUUUAGUCAUCUUGUCGUCUAUGAUGAUAUGCCAUCCGAUGGGCUUCCAAACGGAAACAUGGAUAACAUGCCUAAUGGGGGAAACAUUGCUUUACGAGAGCGCGAGCUUGCUCUUCGACAGCGAGAGCUCCAACUUCGGGAGCGAGAGAUGAACAUGAGGCGCGGCCCAGGUCCUCGUAGUCGUGGGGCUCCGCCUCCACAGCCGGCAUUUGAUGAAGAAGACGAAGAUGAUUAUGUGGAUCCAAUGGAUUUCCGCCCGCCUCCUGGAAUCGAUCUUGAUAACCUUGAUAUGAUGAGCGUCACCUCUCGCCGGACCAGGAAAGCUCCUAGUGUUGGUCAAUUGCGGCGCAAUCCUGAAAUGUCCGGGCCUUCAUCCAGGCCCUCGUCAUCAUUCAAUCGGUUCUUUGGUGGUCAUGGUCCUGGACGGAAGAGUACAAGCUCUCGAAUCAUCCAAGACAUACCUAUGACUCAUUCAUCGUUGCUGGACGACCCAUUGAUGGCUUAUUCAUCCAACAGAUAUGGCAACGUCGACCGCAAAGAGUUGCAUAUUGAUUCCAGAGCCAAUUCAUUAAGCAAUGCAAGUCGUAUGGGUGACUUUGGCCCGGGGCCUUACCCUCCCAGCAGGCGGACAAGCGGAUCACCGGCCGCCUUCGCUCCUAAUGGGCGUCCCAUGCCGAGGCCCACCACUGGCGAUCAUCAUUCUUAUGGACCACCGAAUGGUAUGAUGCCGCCGCCACCACCACAUAAUCGUCCUUCCCCGCCGAACAUGCGGGCACCAGUUCCCAGAUACCCUCCGGGACAUGGAAACACGAUGGCAGCGCAACAAGUGGAACAACAUCUUGGGGUGAGCAAUUCGUAUCCGGUCAAGAAUUCUCCAAAUGUACGAAGUCUGACUGGUAGUGCGAGCGCCAGCGCGGGGAGUGGUGAUAGCGGAGCGAGCGCCAAUAUUGAUUCAGAAAAUUCCGCUCACAGCAGCCAGAUUAGUCUCGGACACCCGAUGCCCAUGCCUGUCCGCUAA